AUGGAGGAGCAGAAGACAUCAAAACUUGAAGUCGCUGCAUGCCUGUCGGUAAGCUGCGACGAGAACUUCACACAGAGAUUUCAGAACUUCUUUGAAGGGGUAACAUCCUUCCAUCAAGUGUUCUCUGGGAAGCAUUAUGUUGGAGCUUUCUUGAGCGAUGAAUCAGCUACACGCAAGGAUGUCGCUCAAGCUCGGCGUUACCUUUGGGAGACGUUGAGUACAAUAUGCAAGGGCAAAGAAGGAUUCGCACGAAGGAGCUACAGAUUCUUUCCCACCCUUUUCAGCUCCUCUGAUGAAAAAGAGCAGAUUCAAGGCCUCAAGACCAUUCUGCCACACGGUUCCGUGAUUCGCCUCCAAGCAUUUCCUACUUCCCAUCAAAAUGCUCUUGUGUCGGUGAUGCAAUGGCGAGCCCAGCUUUCCAUCAUGACGAAAGUUGCUCAGUUGUUAGAAGAGGAAGGGCACGUUCUCAACCCCACGAAAUUCUCUUGGCUUCUCCUCUCAAUGUCCACGAGCGACGAGCACACACACACACCCAGAAUCUUGUGGGACGUGUGUGAGGGCAAAGAAUGCUUCGACUCCCUGAUGGACAUGCAACAACAAGAAAGGCAUCAGACGUGCGGCAAGGGCAUCACAAGUGCAGAAGAGGAGGGCCAGGAGCGAGGGAGCGGAGACUCGUCCAACAACGAUCCUUUGAACCGCGCUGCCUUCAAGCUGUUCGAGACUAUGCAGGUGAUGGAAUGUGCAGCUGACAUGGAGAUGACGUUCUACGAAACAGAUCGUAGGAGGCACAUGGCGCGUCAGCCGUUUGUCAAACACGUUCUUGCAAUUGAUCCAGGUCAGCUGGACUCAAAGCUGGAGUCCUGCAGGAACAAGAUAACGCAUCUGCAAGUGAAAGCGCAAGAUGCUGCAAGGCUGAUCGACGAGAACGCGCGGUCGUCAAAGGAAGGGGAAAGCUGGUCUCCUUUCAGCGUCUUGAUGUGCGACAGCAACAACGAUGCUCGAGACACGGUCCGACAAUUGGUGCUCCCCAUCGCUGAGUUCCUCGCUCCGGGGGGGCUGUUGAUCCUAACAGUGAAGCUGCCUAAAAGGGCAAGUCCUACAGGUGUUGCAGUGACGCGAGUGGAAAAGUGUAAGUCGAUGCUGUGA